AUGGUUGUGAUGGAGCGAGGAGCGGCAUCGCCGUCAUUAAUAAUAAUGCUACUAGUGACCGCCGUCAUCUUCAUGUAUCUGGCGGCGGACGGCGUCGUCAUGGGCGACGGUUUCUGCGUAGGUGGCGAAAUAAGCGACGACGGGACCCACUCGGCGUACGUGGCACACGUGCUGUCGGAGCUUGAGACGGUCACCCCCACCACAUCUACGCUUACGGACACGACAAAGUUUCCUGGCAACGGCGCCAGUGGCUCCGUCGUGGGCAUGGCGUCGUGUUCUGAUCCUAAUGAUCCCGACCUCUGCGCAAGCUGCCUCUUGGGCCUGCAGCAGCUGCUUUCCGGUUCCUGCAGCACCCGGGCCGGCGGCUACGCUAACUCCGACGCUUGCGCCAUGGCUUUCGGAACUCCCAGCACGUAG